UGUAAUUGUUUCACAGAUCACUUUCAGUUAAGGCUGUCAGAUGGUGGAAGCCCUUGUGCUGGUCGAGUGGAGAUUUACUACAAUGGAAUAUGGGGCUCAGUUUGUGAUGAUUCAUGGGAUGUGGUAGACGCUGAAGUCGUUUGUAAACAACUGGGUUGUGGAAAAGCACUGGAUAUGACACUCCCUUCCUCCUCUGGACCGGGCUCAGGCCACAUUUGGUGGAAGGAUGUGAAGUGUUUUGGAAACGAAUCAUUUCUCUGGGAAUGUCCUUCAGUACCAUUGGGUCACCAAGACGACUGUUCUCAUAAAGAGGAUGUGAGAAUUAUGUGCUCGGAACACAAGGAGCUGCGGCUGGUGAAUGGAAAGCAUCGCUGUGAGGGAAGAGUGGAGGUGUUCUACAAUGGGACCUGGGGAACAGUGUGUUCAGACACAUUGGAUCCACACGUUGCCAAAGUGAUUUGUAAACAGCUGCACUGUGGUGCGUUCCAGUAUGUUGAGUACGACGCUCAGUCAUUCGGAGCAGGAACGGGAACUAUUUGGCUCGAUGAGAUGGAGUGUCUGUCACACGAGUCGACACUGUGGCAAUGUCACACAGAUCCGUGGGGUCAACACGACUGUCAACACCGGGAAGAUGCUGGUGUAGUUUGUUCAGAGAGCAAUGUGACAAAGGAGCAGUCCCUCAGUUCAACUUACUGCCUUCAACAAUUAGAUACGCAAGACAGUGUGCACUUGCAUGGAGGAAGCAGCAACUGUUCUGGAAGAGUGGAAAUCAUGUGCGAUAAACGCUGGGGAACGUUGUGUGGCAAUUCCUGGGAUAUAACUGAUGCUAAUGUUGUCUGCAGAGAGCUGGGAUGUGGCUUCGCUCUAUCAGCCCGAGAUGAGGCCGCUCUCUCCCAGGAGAAAGAUGUUAUCUGGCAGAAUGAUGUGAAGUGUAAGGGAAGAGAAUUCUCUCUGUUGGACUGUAUCUCCGCAGCUCCAGCUAACAGCAAGUGUAACCACAAGGAAAUUGCCAGCGUAAAGUGCUCUGGAUCCGAGUUGGUGACGGUCUCCCCUUCACCUCCACCUGCGGGGCAGGAAAGCCCGUCUAUUUCCAUGCCUGUUGUCGUCUGUUCAUUUUUGGGAGUCUUGUUAAUCUGUGAGUUGGUCGCAUUACUGGUGGUCAUGCAAAGAAAAUUGCAAAUGAAAGAACUUUUCCUUGGUGGCAGAGGCUCACGCCUUGGUUUGUACCAAGGAAUUUAUGAAGAAAUUGAGAAUAUUCCCCCUGGCAAGAGGACGGAUCACAAACAUGGACCAGAAAUUUAUGCUUCCAUUGACUCACUCAAUCGCAUUGAAUACUACACCAGCCACAACUUGACUGACAAUAAUCCCGGAUCUGAAAAUCUUGAGGUGAAAUCCAACAGCAUUCCAGGUGUGUAUAGCAUCACUUUCUGUCAAUUAAUUUUCGUCCUACACCCUCUAAGCUGUCCAAAACGUAACGAUUUCAACCCUCACAAGGUAGUGUGACCACUGGAAUGUUGGUUAAAGGGGAAAUCGCUGUUUUGAUACCACAUGAUCAUGGGCAUGGUCUGUCCGGCUGUCUUGUUGCUCACAGAGAUUAUAGAGCCUAUGACCUCUACUUGUAAUGUGCAAAGAGACGUGCGUUCGAUGUCGUUGCUUUCAGGAACUGCACUCACACCCAUUCCCGAAGAAGAAUACGUCUCCUUUAGCUGAACAUUACAAAAACAACCAGGUUAUCAUUCUAAUCGCAUUUUUCCAGCACACCUUGGCCCACAGCCUUGUAUGUCUUGACAUUGCAAGUGCAUCACUGAAUACUUUUUUGAGCGUGUUUUGCCUCUAUCACCCUUCCUGGCAGAAAGUCGAAGAUUUCCUGUUUAAUUCUCCCAUCACUUCUCUGAAAUAUAUGGCCUUUGGUCAUUGAUCUCUCCACCAUAGAGAGAUGUUCCUU